AUGUUCUCUGCAGCCAAAGUCUUUUACCUGGCCGUAUUCGGCUUCAUGAGCCUUUGCAGUGCCGACGCUCAUGAUCGACCACGUACGCUACACGACCAUAAUACAUGCGCAAUUAACCCCUCAGCCAUGGUUUCAGACGCCUGCGUAUCCUACGCCACCGUCGACCAACUUAACGAUCAAGUCUACUCUCUCCUUCAAGAUAUCACGCAAGAAACCGAUUUCUUCUCAUACUACCGUCUCAACCUCUUUAACAAAGUCUGUCCGUUCUGGUCUGACUCAGAGAGCAUGUGUGGCAACAUUGCAUGCUCGGUGAACACCAUCGAUUCCGAAGAAGACAUUCCCUUAACUUGGCGCAUGGAGGAGUUGAGCAAACUUGAAGGUCCCAAAGCAGGCCAUCCAGGGCGCAAGCAACAAAAGGAGCGACCCCGGAACCGACCGCUCCAGGGCAUGCUGGGUGAGAAUGUUGGAGAGAGUUGUGUGGUUGAAUACGAUGACGAGUGCGACGAGCGGGACUAUUGUGUUCCGGAAGAUGAAGGGACUGGCGGGAAAGGUGACUAUGUCAGUUUGGUGGAUAACCCGGAACGCUUCACAGGGUACAUGGGGGCUAGCGCCCGCCUGGUGUGGGAUGCGAUCUAUCGCGAAAACUGUUUCCUGAAGCCGGUUCCCGAGAUGGAGCUUUCUCCUUUCCCUCCUGUGGGCGGCAUCCAGGCUGUCCAGGAUUUCCGUAACGUGCUCCAGCAGGAAUCGAAGCGCAAAGACUUGCCGUUGGAUAAUGAGUGUCUUGAAAAACGGGUGUUCCACCGUCUUAUCAGCGGAAUGCAUGCUUCCAUCUCGACACACCUGUGUUGGGACUACCUCAAUCAGACUACCGGGCAGUGGCAUCCAAACCUCCAGUGUUUCAAAGAGCGCCUACACAAUCACCCGGAGCGCAUUUCGAACCUUUACUUCAACUACGCGCUCGUGUCGCGUGCCGUGGCGAAACUGCGAAAGCACCUGGAGGGCUAUACCUAUUGUAUUAGCGACCCAGCGCAAGACCUUGAAACUAGGGAAAAGAUGUCACUCCUCACUUCUACUCUUGCAGCGCGGCCGCAGAUCUUCGACGAAAACGCCAUGUUCCAGGAUCCUAGCGCUGCUGGUUUGAAGGAGGAUUUCCGAAACCGCUUCCGCAACGUCAGCCGGCUGAUGGACUGUGUGGGCUGUGACAAGUGCCGUCUCUGGGGAAAGCUCCAAGUUAACGGCUACGGAACAGCCCUGAAGGUCCUCUUCGAAUAUGACGAGACAAAGAAUGGCGAGAACCCUCUAUUGCGACGAACCGAGCUAGUGGCUCUCAUCAACACCCUCGGCCGCAUUUCCCACAGCGUCGCAGCGAUCCGAAGUUUCCACCGCGCUAUGGAAGUUGGCGACGGUGAAGUCUUUGCCAUUCCGGCCGGUUCAUCAGCGACGAGGAAGGACCCCUCCGGCCAGAAAACGAGACGUCUUCUGAAAGACGGUGGCUCCACUUUCUACUAUGAAGACGAUAACGAUGAAGACUUUGUAUAUAUCGACGAGAAGCUCCCCUGGGAGCAGCAAAGGGAGCGGCACGAAGACGACACUUUGAUGGAUGACAUCAAGGCUGAGUUCGCGUUGGUGUGGGACACUUUGGUGUUUGUGUUGAAGAGCUGGGCGGCCAUUCCUAGGACGCUGUUUGAGCUCUCUGUUCUCGAGUUUAAUCGUCUUUGGAGUUAUUGGCUCGGUCUUCCUGUGCCACCUAGGACUUGGAAGAUCCGAUUCCCAACGCCGCCAGCACGCCUCCGCGACGAGCUAUGA